ACAACUGAAAACAGCGAAUUCUGUAAAUUAUGUCAAACACUGAGAUAGAAACUGCUCUAGAAGCUGUGAAGAGUGCUGUUUUCUGUCAGACUACUGAAGAAUCGCAGUCCUAUUAUGACGUUUGGAGUAAACGUUAUGACAGCGACACAUCAACUCUGGGAUCUUUAAGUACCAUAAAAAUAACAGAAAUGUUUUCUAAACAUGUAACAGAUUUGAGCAACUGCCAAGUACUGGACCUCGGAGGCGGAACUGGAAGAGUUUCUUACAAUCUCCGAAAUCGCAUUCAUUUAAAAGGAGACAUAGACAUACUUGAUGCAAACAUGAAUAUGCUAUAUGAGGCUAAUCAAAAAGACAUAAAUUUCAGAAAUAUUCUUCGCCAUUUUGUUACUGAAAACGGGAAUCUCCCUAUGAGUGACGAAAUGUAUGACGUCGUUGUCAGUUCAGGAACGUUUUUACCAAAUCAUAUUCCCGUAACUUCUAUUUUCGGAAUAAUCAACGUUAUCAAAAGAGGUGGUUUACUACUGAUUACAAGAAGAUUGAAAACCACAGAAGGAUACGGCCACCAAUUUGUAGAAAAUGUUGAAAAGUUAUGCUCGGAAAAAAAGUUGAAAUAUGUCGAUCAUAUGGAGUAUGUACAUUUUACAAAAGUUGAAGAUAAAUUUCCGUCUGUCUGUUUUGUCUAUCAACGGUUGUAA